AACAAAUGCUGCCCUAGACGAGACAGCGACGUUGAUGCGAAGGAGCUCGUCGAUUUCCAGGGGUUUCGAGGAUGGGCGUGACCCUGACGCUGCUCAAGUCCUUGCUGCCUUAUCUCGGACCGGCUGUGAUGCUCGGCUAUCCAUUGUAUCAAUCAAUCAGGGCGAUUGAGAGCCCUUUCAAGGAAGACGAUGAGCAAUGGCUUACUUACUGGGUGAUAUAUUCCUUCAUAGCACUCUUCGAGCUAGCAGCAGACAGAGUCCUAGAAAUGAUUCCAAUCUGGCCGAUGGUCAAAAUACUUUUGAUCUUCUGGCUCAUACUUCCACAGUUCCGCGGUGCUUGCUUCCUCUACAGGAACUACGUUAGAAGAGGACUAUACAACAUACAAACCCAAAAGGAUCACCUGGACGACGAACACACGUAUGACUACAACGAGAAGCAAAAGAAGUUGCUUCGCAUGAUGAGCUCCGACGCCCGAGUAGCCGUAGCUCAGUACAUCUCGGAGUAUGGGCCAAACGCGUUCGACAAACUCAUCACUUCUGCUACGAAGCAGUCUGCGAAGAACAAGACCUCGCCGAGGACGACGCCUCCAAAGACACCGAAAUCUCCCAUUCGUCUGCUCUUCGACAAAGCAAAGUUUCACCACUCACCACCGAGCUGACAAAGCUUUCACUCUCCUCGAGUUUGUAAACACUGGAUCAAUCACCCAAAUAACAAACAGAACCUUGUAGAUAGCCGUGAGAAGGCAGAAACAACGGCGAGAACACUUGCUAGAACAAUUGUUCGAUUUAAAGUUUGUGCUUUCUUUGCAAACUAACAACACCAGGGAAGUUUUACUACUCUAGGAACUCAAAGAUGGAACUAACCGAUAGCUCAACUUUCCAGA